ACAAAUGCUUCUACACCAGUAUCUUGCAUUUUAAUUGGUGAACACCGUUGUCCUUCGGCCAAUCGCUAAAGGUUUUGUUUGACUGCCGUUCACAUUAUUUUCAUCGGAACGUGUGUUCAAGGUUUUCAAUUCCUGAUAUACUGUUGGGGAACAAUGGGUGUAUUGUCCACACUGAUAAGGGGCCUUACAAGAGGAGCAGACAGAAUGUCGGAAUUCACCAGCAAGCGGGGUUCAAGGACUCACAAUAAAGGCAGAGGUUCAAGACCAACUGGAGUAAGGCUCUCCAGCAGAAAGUUUCUGUCAAUAAAGGCCAUGAUUCCCGAAUUUGUGGUACCCAGUUUGGAUGGCUUUAAACUCAAACCGUAUGUUUCAUACCGCUGUCCAAAAGGAACCGAGACCCCAGUGACUGCAGAGAGCCUGUUUGCCGAAAUAGUGGUUCCUCAGAUCAGGAAAGACUUUAACGAAGGGAUUUAUGACAAAGACCACCUGGAGAAAUACGGCUUUGAACCUACACAGGAUGGGAAGUUGUUUAAAUUGUAUCCCAAGAACUAUGUGCGUUAAAAGAAACUCAAUAUCUGUGACAGAUCUAUUUGCAAGAGAAGACUUCUGAUGACAAUUGGUGACAUUGGAUGCAGACCCUUCGCAGUGACACCAUGUUGCAAGUUGGACUUAAUACUUUGUAUCUGUCAUUUCUCUUCCAAUCAAGUACAAUAAAGCCAAACUUAAUGUAUUUUGGUUCAAUCAGUUCUAGAUAGAUGUCGUAAGCCUACAGCAUUUAAUUUUCAUUCACUAAUCUCCAUCAUUGUGGACCUCUGUUCAUGAAUGACAUCUUGAUUUAACAAGCUAGUAAUCCGACGCAUUUGAAAACAAUAAUAGAAACUGGUAAACUUGCUGUCAUCCCAUCCUUAAAUGUAGUGUUUGCACGAGUAAGUUACAGGCUAUGGCAUUUAGAUUUUUCUGAGGUACAUAAUUUGCAUUUAGUUUCCUUUGAAACACCAUGCACUUCCUACAGCGGAAAUUAAAACAGCAUAAGCAGGCCACUGGAAGUUAUUAAAGUCAAACGCUUUCGCCUUUUCAGACUUACUAUAGGAAUUUUAUUCCUACAUUUUAUUUCAAAUUCAAUCUGGUAGAACAAAAGAAUG